AGUUUAAAGAAAAAAGUUUUUUUUAGAUUAUUUUUUAAAAUAAAUAUUAAAAAUGGCUGGAGAGAUUUUAAAAGGUCAUGCAUUGGGAGGUAUGAUUCUUGGAGCAAUUGAACUCGUUCUUGCCCUUGUUAUCAUUAUAUGUUCUUUUGUAAUGGUGGGAAAAGCCGAAAUGAGCACUAGCCUGACUCCAUAUUGGGCUGGAAUACCUUUUAUCGUGCCUGGAAUCUUGGGUCUUGUAACAGGCUUCACGAAAAACAAGUGCGCGAUGAUUGCUUUUAUGAUCUUAAACAUUUUGUGCUUCAUCCUGCAAGGUUUGGGAACGAUCAUAGUAGCAAUUGCAUUGGCCGUAUUGGCUUCUAUUUCCAACGUGAAAGAUCAAUGCAUACAGGUUGGAAACACUUGCAGGUGUACAGUUGAUGGAAAAACGAAACUUAUUACUGAUAUUUCAAACUGUGAUGACUUGAAAUCGAUCUCUACCUUACUUUACGUCAUCGUCAUCUUUUUGGUCAUUGGUGCUAUCGUGACACUGGCUGCUUCCAUCCUUGGUUGUGCGGCUACCUGCUGCACAUCAAGACCACCUUCCACAGUGAUUGUUCAACAACCGGGAGUAAUGAUGCAAGCACCCCCUCAACAGCAAUAUCAACCGUACCCAGUAAAGCAAUAAAAAAUAUCUCAAAAAGAACUUUUCUCAAUAAUAUAGUGUGUGCAUUUUUUUAAAGGAAAAAUGUUUUAAGAGCAAAAAAAUUUGAAAAAUUUAACGAAGUAAUUUUCACGGAUUAAAAACUUUUAGUUUAAAUUUACGUGAUUAAUUUUAGCGCUCACAGCUAAUAAAAAUUUUGAUGCCAUCUUUUUGAUCAAAAUUUUUGAAUGUUUUUGACGUAAAUAACUAUGAGCUAAGUCGAAGUUCUUCCUUUGAAAAUCGAAAUAAAUUUUAGCCAUGUUACCCCUUCGAUUUGAAUAUUAAAUAACUUUUGCAUAAUUUUCCUUUUAAAAUAUAAUAACCUGAGUUUAAAAGUAGUUUCUAGUUUUAUUUUAUAUAAGAAAAUAGAAUAAUUUCUUAUUUUAUUUUAAUUUAUAUGUAAACAUAACAACACGAAUAUUUCCUUUGAACGCAUGUAAUAAUUUGGAAGCACUUUUUUAUUUCUAUAUAAAAAGAUUAAAUAACCAGUAAAAAGCAAUAAUAAUAAAUAUAAUAAUAUAUAUUAUCAUGCACCUCAUGCGGGAUGGUCUGACAGAAUAUUUUUGGAUAUUCGUGCAGCCUUUAGAAUAUCUCAGCAGAUAUCUGAUAUCGAAUAUCUGCUCAAAAUAUUCGAUAGUCUCUCUGGCGCUUAUCUUUCGUUUAUAUAUAUAUAGUUGCUUUAAAAAAUACACGCAAGUCAAUCAG